GGCCAAUGGUGUUCUCAUGCUAAAUGGUGCCAUGAGAGGGCGUCGACGGGAGACGGAGGAAUCUGAAGUUCGCCAGGUGGUGUCAAUGUUGGUGGUGGUCGUGGUGCUGUUUGUGGUAUGCUGGGGACCCAUCCUGGUGGUGAAUGUUCUCAAGGCCUACGGCAUCCUCCAGCCUACAGCACCACCCUCAUGCACAUCGUCACCGCCACUGACCUCCUCUCCUACUGUAACAGCUGUGUCAACCCCAUCGUGUACGGCUUCAUGUCCAGGAACUUUCGGGAAAGCUUCUGGCAGGUGCUGUGCUGCCGCCGUUACUUCUACCAUCCCAACAUGUCCCCCAGAUGUCUCUCUCUGUUACCAGGACUUCCAUACUCCGCUACAACACUGACACCAGCCGAGUAUGGAACAGUCGGGUGCAAGCUCAAGAGUCAGGUACCCACUUAGCUAUGGUUACAAGUAAGUCAUGUUAAUUUUUAUGUCACCUGUCCUAUUCUCAUCGGUGAAUUAUGUUAAUA